AUGAUCUCUUUGAUAGGCAAGCGAGGGAUGCUGCUGCUAAGAAUGUCGGACAAGUCCUCGCAGGAACAACUCAUGGACGACCUCAUCCUCAAGAUGGCGGAAGCAGCUCCAUACGAGCUCCCCAACAUCGCGAGUCAGAACCUCAAGGAGAUCUCAAGCCCCAAGUUCUUCCUGCGCAUCGCUUCCAUGAGCGACGAGUCACAAGACGAGACCAGGAAGCAGCAGCUCUCAGCGCUCGCAGACAACCUUGUGGCAACGCUGGAAGUAGUUGUUCAGAGAACUGAAGAGAAGCUUGACGAUGCCGCUGAGCUGAUCCAGGGGAUCCUCAGCUCUGCGGCUGAGCCCAACGGCGAGUUCAUCGUUCCGUUGAAGGCAGACAAGAUCAACACCAUGAGGAAGAAAGUCUCGGAGAAGAAGCAGAACCUGGGGGACGAGGGGGUCCUCGCCACUGUGUUUGCCUACAUGAAGAAGGCCAGCGAAGAUCGCCUUGACGGGAUGGUCGUGAUCUGUCAGAAGCUCCUGCAGAUGUGGGCGGCGGAAGAACUUCUGGCUGCAGGCACGAGCGACGAAGUUCUCGGUCGGAUUCUCCGAGCCGACGCUGACCAGUGGGGGUCUUUACUGGAGGAGGUGCUCAAGGGUGAAGCCCCUCAGACUGACAAGGACACGCUCUCGGCCUCCGUGCAGAGCUGCGUUGAGAAGGUUGUCCUGCAGAAAGCGAGCGGAAGUUAUGGCCAACGCGUGCAAGCUGAAUUUCUGCGAGAGCUAAUGUCAAAGAUCCGUGAAGUCUCUGCUGAGGCUGCCAAGUGA